CGAAGAGUUUGCGUAGUUUGUAUGUGACCACCCGUCCUAUAUUUACCUCGACCUAAGAUGAGAACUCGAAGUCAUAAGUAUCUAGUCGGGAUAGUAGUGGCACUGAUCACACUGCUGUUAGCGUCGGUGGCACUGUUUGUGUGUGUCUACGUCGUCGUACGACCCUCUCUCCAAAAGAUCACUACGGAAGCGUUUCAAGUGACGAACUGUACUGUGUUUAACACGACCUCCCACGUCAAGGACUGUACAUUACAAUGUGCACACGGUUACAACUGUCCAAGUUCCUAUAAGUGUGACAUAAUCCGGGUUAUUUAUGAUGUAAACGGCAGUGGAAACAGCACGGAGACUAGGAAUUCUGUGUUGUAUGAUGAACUUCGAACUUUAAACUCGGAGACACAGUGUUCGCUAGGGACGCCAUGCCCAGACAAAAAGGACAUAGACGUCAUAAAGGCAGAUAUUUUCAACUUUACCUCGAUGUGGGGGAAACGCGAAUCAACGUACGAGUGUUAUCAUGACAACGAGAAUAACGUGGUGUUGAAAGUAGAUAGUGACGUCAGCGACGGACACAAGAUACAAGUCUUCCACGCCAUAUUUUGGCCCACAGCUGUGAUGGUGUUCAGCAUAGUUUCCUGUGGAUAUUUUCAAUAUCGACGUAAUAAGAUGGAGAAACGCUUACAGGAGUAUGUUGACAGGCUUGGUCUCCAUGGCAACGGACCAAGCAACGUAAUAUACCAAAAACUGGAAACAACGUCUCCAUUAUAAUAAUAUCGCCUUGACCUCCGAUGUUCACGUGACAAUUAUUUGAACACGUUUAUAUUGAUUUUAUCAUUCCAUUUCACCAAUAUUUAACAAACAUAUUUUUACAUUGUAUAACAAUAUAUUAGCUCUAUGGCAAAAUGGGGACUAGCCAAUGACGUCAUGAAUAUGACACACGUGGGAAGGUAUUUAAGCUGCUGACUGGUUCACUGUGUUUGUAAUACGUUAUUUUUUUAUCGUACACUUUAACUGAGCAAGUAUGAUUGUGAUCAUUAUACUUCUGAUGACGUAAUCGCAGCCACAUUCGUGUUUUUCAUUUAUGCGUCUUAACAACUAUGCCAAUAAAUUGCGCCCUCAACGACUCUCUUUAGGGUAUUCAAACACCAAUAAGCCAUGUACAAAGUCAUCCGGUCUAUUUUUCAAAGAGCUAGAGCUAAGUUAUUACAUUUCAAUGUUGCUUUAUUAAUCGUGUUAGUGGUUGAUUAUUAUGUCACUAAACGUAUUAACCUGUUAUACCUGAAUAGCGUGACAUUAUGCAAAUGUGGGCAAUGCAGUUAGAUCUGGGGUCGCGUAGUCUAUAACAUUAUUAGAAAAAAUAUUAUGUUUCUUUAAUUGCAUUGAUAGUUAUGUUGAGUGGUCGUAAUCGCAAUCAUUGAAGAUACCUGUGCAGUUCCGAUAUUACUGAUGAUCAAAAGCCGUGGUGAUAUUUCAGAUUUCGAUACCGGCAUUUGGUGAAACUGUUUGAAUUCUUUUAUUUUUUUUUAUUUCUUUCGUAUUGUACUUUACCUAGUGACAAGCUUAGUUCAUUCAUUGAUUUGUUCAUUUUUAAUAUACAUAUUAUUUAUAUUUUCUGUUGUUGUUUUUUUGUCCAUUCAGUCGGUCAUCGUGUUAUUUUAUUUUUUGAAUACUACGACGUGCUUGGGUGAUGAAUUUAUGUUAACGCUCUACCGUUCUCGUGCCGCGCCAUCUUUAAUGGUUUCAUAUAACUUAUAAAUGUAUGCGACAACUGUGGCAAUAGUAUUGCGUCUUUCAACUGUGAAUAUGAUUACUAAUUCGUGAUACAAAUCCCAAGCAUCGGAGACAUACAAGCUAAACGCUUGAUUGUUUGUAAAUAUUGCGUAUUUGUUUAUGUACGGUAUUUAGAUUGGUGAAUAAAGUACGAUAUUUGGUAUAAAA